CCAUAGGAACGGCGUCUGCAGCGGCGGUUUUGGUGUGGGCUAUGGCGGCUGGCUCAGGGAAGGCCGUGCUCUUGCCGGUGGAGGCCGCCGGCUAUGCCGAGAGCUUGCAGGAGUUCCCGCUGAGAGAUAUCGGGUGUCCGCGAUGGUUCAGACAGCAUGAGUAUAUUGAGAAGCUGAAUAUGCAGGCCAUCAUCAAUGCCACUGCUGAGCAAGAUGAAUUUGUCAAGGAGCACAUUUACUCUCUUGGGAAGGUCCCCAUACUGAUUCAUGAACUCAUUGCUGUGGAAGUUUGGAAGCAGAAGGUGUUUCCUGUGUUGUGUCACCUCCAGGAUUUCAAUCCAAAGAGCACAUUUCCAAUAUAUAUUGUGAUCCAUCACGAAGCAACUAUUGUUAACCUCCUAGAAACUAUCUUUUACCACAAGGAUGUGUGUGAGUCUGCUGAGGAAGCAGUGCUGGACCUUGUUGAUUACUGUCACCGAAAGGUGACCCUACUAGCUGCACAGAGUGAAAGCUGUGAAAAUCGGGAACAUAGUCAACAUCCAUCAACAUCUCUGGCGGAAUUGCAAAGGCAGAGUCAAGAGUUGGAAUUUGAUAUCUCGGUGAAGGCUGUUGCUAUUCUUCGCUAUAUAACUGAUCACAUUGACAGCCUGCCACUCAGUGUCCCGACACGACUGCUGAACACCCACAAUGUGCCUUGCGUACUGGUUCACCUGGUGGAGCAUUGCCCCUGGAGUCGAUACAAUUCCAAAGGUGAAUUACAGAAAUAUGCUGAUGGGAAGUGGUACACAGUGCCCCUUGAGGAUCAGCUGAAAAUAACCAAACUGGAUGGACAGGUCUGGAUCGCAUUGUUCAACCUGCUGCUGAGGCCUGAAUGCCAGCAAAGUUAUGACUUCAACAGCUUCAGCAAAACACAGUUGCUUAAGCUUCAAGGAUUCCUGACUGAAGUCCUCAUUGAUCAGCUACCCAAUCUGAUGGAAUUACAACGCUUUCUAAGCCAUCUUGCCAUGGUAGAUCCUCCUCAGCCAAAGAAGAAUCUCAUCCUAGAACAGAUCCCUGGUAUCAGAGACAGUCUUAUUCGAGAGAACUCGAACAAAUGGAAAGCUAUUGCCAAGCACUUAGUGAAAACUGCUUUUAAUCCUUCUGAGCAGGACUUACUUGAACAGGCACGCAGAUUGGCAGAGACCUACAAUCUUGAUGUGAUGGAGAAUCUAAUUCCAGAACGCCCAAAAUGUGGAUUUUGUGGAGGAGAGGCAGCAAAACGGUGUUCCCGGUGCCAGGUUGAAUGGUACUGUGCGAGAGAGUGUCAGGUGAAACACUGGUCGAAACACAAGAAAGCCUGUGAUCUGAUGGCUGGUGCUGGAAAAAUAUGACUGUGGUAUUGGAAGUCAUUCAGUAGAAGCCAUACUAGUGAUGGCUUGGUUGCAAUUUUUGAGAAGUGGAAACUGAAUAGAACCAUGCUGUCCCAAUCUUGGAGCUGCACGGCUCGUGGGCGCUCCCACUGACUCUAAAGCAUGACACAUAGGCUGAAUAAGCCAUUUAAAUCUCCCACUUGUUCAGAAAAGGUUAGCAGGUAGCAAUGGGUUUUGAACAACCAAUUUGUGAAGCAGACCACCAACUUGAGCUGCAGAAUCACAAUCUCCGUUCUCUCUCAUAUCAAUCUGGAUUUGGGAGAGUGUGUUUAAUGGAUAAAUUGAGUUUAUUUAUUUUGCAAUUUUAUUUCAACUUAAAAAUUCUCUGGAAAAAUACUUCUUUAGUUUUUAAGGAAGUUGAGUUUCAUGCUUAUUUUGUGGUAAUGUAUGUUUGAUGAACUAUUUUUCUAAGGUCCCGUGGCAGCAGUUUGGUCAGUUAUAUGGGGGCAGGGGAAUCCAUGGUUAAAGUAUCUGUUCUUGUUGGUUCUGUGCGAUCAGGAAGAUAGUGCUCAGAGCAUCACAAUGACACAUCUGCGGAGGUCAACAGAAUUUAACUGCUUCCUACUGCUAGCAUUUCAAAGGACCACAGAAAGCUGAAAGACUAUUUGAUACUCUCAGUACUUUCUCAGCAUGCAUACAUCAUUUGGUGCUGCUGGUGGGCAAAUGUCUUGAAACCAAGCAGUAAAUACAAAAAAAGAUCAUUGCUUCAUGUCUCCAGACCUGAAUACUUUCUUAAAUACAUAUGUACAUGUUAAAGUUCCAAGUAUCACAGUCGUUUUACUUGUGAAGUAACUUGCGUUACUGCAGUGCUUUGAAUCCGUAAUGGAAGGGGACCUACAUUUCUUCAAUUUUUGUCAGCAGAUAUGUUUGAGGGGGGAUUGUAGGUAGCAUCACUAACACUAUUAGGUCAGUUGUUGUCUGCAGUUAAACUAAAACAAAAGUAAAUAUGAAAAUAAAAUCAACAAUGAUUGACUCUU